AUGAGUACAUUUGACAAAAUAUAUCGUAGUGUAGUGCCAAUAAAGUUUUUCAGUGAAGGAUGGGGUGCUCCUGAUACCUUGAUAAGGUUGAUAGAAAAUAUGAAAGUUGUGACUAAUCGAGAUAAGUAUUGUUCAGUGAACAUCAGAGCAGACGUUCAUAUUGAAAAAAAAACUGAGAACAACCGCACCAUACAGAUCGAAGGGUCAUUCAUGUCUCCAUUCGAUUCAAUCAUAUCUAAUGCAUUAAAAGGUGAUAACAGGAUCGCAAGGUUUCAAAUGAUCAUUCCAAAGAAGUGGCCCACAAAUUAUCGCGCAGUUUGUGUACACUUUUCUGGAACCGGUGAUCAUAACUAUUAUAGGAGAAGAAUUUUUCUCGCCAAUAAUUUAAUAAAAGACGGAAUAGCGUCCAUCAUUUUGAUGAAUCCGUUUUACUCUAAGCGCAAACCCGACGAUCAACAAGGUUCUAGUCUGAAUUUUGUUUCUGAUCUGUUCAUCAUGGGCGGAGCUUUAAUUAUGGAAUGCAGCGCAUUGUUAGAAUGGUGUGAGCGUAAUGGCUACGGACCGUUUGCACUUCACGGAAUUUCAAUGGGUGGUUAUAUGUCAUCCCUGUGUGCAACCGUUUGGCCGAAACCUAUCUCUCUAAUUCCUUGCUUGUCUUGGACUUCAGCAUCAUGCGUGUUUUUAGAGGGUAUUUUAUCGAAUACAGUAGAUUGGCCUGUGUUAACAAAACAAUAUUAUUCUGAUUCUGUAUAUUCUGAUGUAAUCCGACCUCGAAUUCAACCACCUAUUCCAGAAUUCUAUAAAACAACUGAUGAAACUUUUAAUGAUAAUUUGGGUGAAAAUCUUCAAUAUUCAACCAUUUCAAUAAACUCUUUACAUUCAAAGCACUCAAAUCCUGUAAAUGUUGCUCCUUUGGCUACAUUCUCAAAACAAUUGGAUUCACGUUUACAUCCUAUUAAAAGUAAUCCUUUAAAAUCAUUAUACUCAAGUUUUCAAGUUCGUGAUCUAUUGUCUCAGUUUAUUAAUAUAUCUAAUUCAACCUCCCAGUUAUCGUCAUCCCAUUCUAAUACACACAAAUUUACUAUUGCUCAGAAGUUUCUUCCCAACUUUAUAUACACUGGUCUUCCGAAUUCUUUAUCUACAUUUAAUUUCAAUACAGUUUUUCGUUAUCAGUGGAAUAGUUAUCGAUGGCAUAAAGAAAUUUCAUUACUUCCACGUGUUUCUUUACCAAGUGUUAGUUUUCCGCGUACAGAUUUAUCACCAGAUCCGGAAGUUCGACAGUUUCUACGUGAUCUUCUAGACUAUUUUACUCAUUUAGGAAAUUUUUCUCCAGUAAUAGAUUCUCGACUUGUUCUAUCUGUUGCAGCUGAAUAUGAUGCAUAUGUUCCAAGAGGUAGUGUUUGUUCACUGAAAAAAGUAUAUCCUAAUGGUGAAAUUCGUUAUUUGCCACAAUCUGGUCAUGUUGGUGCUUAUGUUAAAAAUUCUCUUUGGACAAAUGAUUUCAGAAAAGCAAUAAGUGAUUGUUUAAAUCAACAAGUACAUUUAUAUCAUCAUGAACCUGGACCAUUUGGUCGAAUGAACACAUCUCGUAAGAAUAUUCAACUUAUUAAACGUUAG